AAGGCAUGGCAGCACAGUCUGUUUGGCAAUAUUGUCAUGAAUUGCUAUCAGCUGAUUUUAUUAGCAUAAAAGGUGAUAUACGACUAGGGGAAAAUGAAACAUUAAUAUGGAUUGCAAAUUUUUUAGAGGAACAUGGCAGUCAGAUAACACAAUUUGGUUUACCUCAGCCAUCUGGUCAUUUUGAUGAAAUAACACAUAUUAAAACACAAUACA